AUGGUCGUGUAUCCCAACGAAGGAGGUAGGAAGUCGAUGGUGGAUUUUAAAAUGUUGGGGUGGGGAAACUUUCUAAUUAAUCAAUAUGGUGGCGAAAGAUCGUCAAAGCAAAACAGACUCUCCAAAAGUGGAGGCGAAAAACCCACAAUCAAGAAAAUAAAACCACAUUCAACCGAUAGGGUGUUGGUGAAGGAGACAAAGCUCCAUUUAGCCCAGAAAGAGCUCGAUAAGCUAAAGGAACAGUUAAAGAGUGCUGAAACUACAAAAACUGGAGCACUUACAGAGCUUGAACGAGCUAAAAGAACUGUAGAUGAUUUGAAAAACAAACUCCAGAUCAUUAACGAAGCAAAAGAAUCAGCAAUCAAAGCUACAGAAAUGGCAAAAGAUCAGGCAAAGAAACUUGAUGUUGGAGAAACAAACUCUAAUGGUGUUUUGAAUCACGAUUUGGAGAAAUCAAAACAACAGUAUGCUGCUGUGUUCACAGAACUUGAUGCUGCAAAACAAGAGUUAAGAAGAAUCCGCCAUGAUUAUGAGGUAGCCAUGGAAGAAAAAUCUGAUGUUAUUAAGGAAGAACAAGAGGCUGAGGUUAUGAGCAAAGUGAAUUUAGAUAAAGCUGGGGAGAUAUCCAAGGAGAUUUUAUCUGUUCAAGAAGCUAUUGAGCAUGUGAAGCUUGCAGCCAUUGAAGCAAAACAAGAACAAGAGAAAAUAGUUUCAGAGAAGAACAUUCAAAAGCUUGCACAUAAAUCCGCCCUUGAAGAAUCUGCAAAGAAACUAGUUGCUUUGAGAGAACAAAUCGAUCCCGAAAUGUCAAAAGAUCUUGAAUCCCAAUUUGCUAAAACCACAUCCGAGAUUAAAAGAUUGGAAUUGGAAAUGGAGAAUGCGAGAGCUUCCGAUCUUGAUUCUUUAAAAAACGUGACAUUAGAGCUUGAUGGAGCUAAAGAUUCAUUACAGAAAGUUGCAGAAGAAGAGACCUCAUUAAGAAACUUAUUAGAAUCAUUGAAAAUCGAGCUUGAAAACGUGAAGAAAGAACACGAAGAAUUAAAAGAAAAAGAAGCAGAAACCGAAUCAAUGGCAGGAAAUCUGAAUGUUAAGUUGCAGAAAAGUAAAAUGGAGCUUGAAGCUGCAUGCGUGGAGGAAGCUAGAGUCAGUGGUGGUUCUGAUGAAAUGGUGGCGGCUCUCCGGCAACUAUUGGCGGAGAGUGAAACCGCGAAAAGGGAAUCGGAAAAGAUGAAGGAGGAAGCUGAAGAGUUGCAGAAGGAGGCGGCAGCCAUGGAAGCUUGUUUAGAAGAAGCUGAAGUUGAAUUAAGAAUCGCGUUAAUGGAAGCAGAUGAAGCUAAAGCAGCAGAAUCAAAAGCUUUGGAGGAGAUAAAGUUGAUUUCAGAAAGAACAGAUGCUGCACGCGCUUCAACUUCUGAAUCUGGAUCAAAGAUCACGAUUUCACGGGAAGAAUUCGAGUCAUUGAGUAGAAAAGUUGAGGAAUCGGAGAAGCUGGCGGGGAUGAAGGUGGAGGCGGCAAUGGCGCAGGCGGAGGCGGUGAAAGCGAGUGAGAAAGAGGCGGUGAAGAGGCUUGAAGUAGCACAGAAAGAGAUUGAAGAAAUGAAAGCUGCAACGGAGGCGGCGGUGAAGCGGGCUGAGAUGGCGGAUGCCGCUAGGAAAGCGGUGGAGGGGGAGCUCCGGCGGUGGAGGGAAAAGGAGCAGAAGAAGGCAGCAGAAGCAGCUUCGUUGAUCUUACAAGAGUCACAGUCAUUACCUUCAACACCACUUCGGAAGCAGAUUCCGGUGAAUCCUCCACCACCAGCUGCUUCACAGAAACCUGUUAACAUUCAGAAACAGAAGACAAAGAAAAUUCUUGUAAGCAAUUUGAGUGGGAUUUUUCAGAGGAAGAAGUCACAGGUUGAUGGUGGAUCAUCUCCUUCAUAUUUGCCUGGUGAGAAGCCAAUGUAAUUAUUAUUUGAUAAUAUGAUGUUUGUGUUAUGAGUGGAGUGAGAGAGUGGUUGGUGUGUAUAUUGUUGAACCAAAUUUGAGAAGGAAAGCUUUUGGCUGAAGCUGCAUGGAGUCUUUUUGGUAGUUUUAAGCUAUUUGAAGUUUAAUUACUUGAGUAAGUUUUUUUCGAUGUUGUUAUAAGGACAACUUUUAUUUACCAAUUGUAAAUAGCUACCAUCGUGGCUUAAUGGAAUUGGUGUGUCUGUAAAUGCAUGUGGGAAACAUCAACUUCUUGUAGAAAACAAGAUGCCCGAUCCUUGUUACUAUUUUCUUAUCUGGUAUUUUUUGGGGAGAAAGCUGUUUUUUACCGUUGCCUAUGUUAUUUCUACUGCAUACAAUUCCGG